UUUUUCUUUUUCUUUCUUUUUCUUUCUUUCUUUCUUUCUUUCUUUUCUUUCUUUCUUUCUUUCCUGUAUUUGUCAGCUUUUGUCUGUUUAUUUUUUCUUUCUUUCUUUUAUUUGUUCAUAUUCUUUCUUUUCUUUCUUUCUUUCUUUCUUUCUUUCUUUUCUUUUUUCUUUCCUGUAUUUGUCAGCUUUUGUCUGUCUCCUGGUUAUAUUUCUUUCUUUUCUUUUCUUUAUUUGUUCAUAUUCUUUCUUUCUUUUUUUUUUUCUUUUUUUUUUUUUCUUUUUUUUCUUUCUUUUUUUUUCUUUUCUUUUUUACUGUAUUUGUCAGCUUUUUGUCUGUCUCCUGGUUUUCUUUUUUUUCUUUCUUUAUUUCUUCAUAUUUUUCUUUUCUUUCUUUUUCUUCUUUUCUUUCUUUCUUUCUUUCUUUCUUUCUUUCUUUCUUUUCUUUCUUUCUUUCUUUCUUUCCUGUAUUUUCUUUUUGUCUGUUCCUGGUUAUAUUUCUUUCUUUCUUUCUUUAUUUUUCAUAUUUCUUUCUUUCUUUCUUUCUUUCUUUCUUUCUUUUCUUUCUUUUUUACUGUAUUUUGCUUUUGUCUGUCUCCUUUCUUUCUUUCUUUCUUUAUUUGUUCAUAUUCUUUUCUUUCUUUCUUUUCUUUCUUUCUUUUCUUUUCUUUCUUUCUUUCUUUCCUGUAUUUGUCAGCUUUUGUCUGUCUCCUGGUUAUAUUUCUUUUCUUUCUUUCUUUAUUUGUUCAUAUUCUUUCUUUUCUUUUCUUUUUUUUUUCUUUCUUUUCUUUUCUUUCUUUCUUUCUUUUUUUUCUUUACUGUAUUUUCAGCUUUUUGUCUGUCUCCUGGUUAUAUUUCUUUCUUUCUUUUUCUUUAUUUGUUCAUAUUUUUCUUUCUUUCUUUCUUUUUCUUUUCUUUUUUUUACUGUAUUUCUUCAGCUUUUUGUCUUUCCUGGUUAUCUUUUCUUUUUUUUUCUUUCUUUCUUUAUUUGUUCUUAUUCUUUCUUCUUUCUUUUCUUUCUUUCUUUUCUUUCUUUCUGUACUGUAUUUGUCAGCUUUUUGUCUGUCUCCUGGUUUUCUUUCUUUUUUCUUUUAUUUUCUUCAUAUUUUUUCUUUCUUUCUUUUUUUUUCUUUUCUUUCUUUCUUUUCUUUCUUUUCUUUUCUUUCUUUUUCCUGUAUUUGUCAGCUUUUUGUCUGUCUCCUGGUUAUAUUUUUCUUUCUUUCUUUCUUUAUUUGUUCAUAUUUCUUUCUUUUCUUUCUUUUCUUUUCUUUUCUUUUCUUUUCUUUUCCUGUAUUUGUCAGCUUUUGUCUGUCUCCUGGUUUAUCUUUCUUUCUUUCUUUCUUUCUUUAUUUGUUCAUAUUUUUUCUUUCUUUCUUUUUCUUCUUUUGUUUGUUUCUUUUUUUCUUUCUUUCUUUACUGUAUUUGGCAGCUUUUGUCUGUCUUCUGAUUAUCUUUCUUUCUUUAUUUGUUCGUAUUUUUUCUUUCUUUCUUUCUUUUUUCUUUUCUUUCUUUCUUUCUUUCUUUCUUUCUUUCUUUCUUUCUUCUCAUUCUUAACUUUUACUCUUACUUUCCCUUUCUUUUUCGUUCUCUGUUUGUUCUUUUGCCUGGCGUUUCUUAUGAAAAGACCUGUUAUUGUUUACGCUAUAUCAAGAAACACCUUUUUUCAUUUGAAGUCGUUCUUUCUUUCUUUCUUUCUUUCUUUUUUUCUUUCUUUCUUUUUUUCUUUCUUUCUUUAA